AUGGCUCGGCGGAUGGCUGAGGAUUUGCAAACCAUCGCUUUCACGCUCGCAACCGGAGAGAGGACGUUGCGGGAAACUCGCCUGAGAAAUUGGACCAACGGGAUUGUGCGCGAGGUGGCUGGGAUCCGUUACGAACGCUACCUCCAGGUAUAUCGUGAACGCCGAGACCGUGUGGUUUCCGCUUAUUUCUCAAAAUUAUUGUCUUGGCAAGCGCCUCCGGAAGAUGAAGCUCACUUCCCAGUGGGUGAAGACUACGAGUCCGCUCAACGGCCAAGCUUCCGUCGGUGGGUGAGGGUGGAGGAACAGCUCGUCUGUCAUUUGGUAGACCUGCUCAUCGACCAGCAUGUUGCCGACAGUCGUCAGAUGGGAAGUCCUCUGACGCGAGAAGAUGUUAUCUGCAGUCUACGUCGGGAGGAGCGGUUCCGUUUUUCAGCCUCGGAAGAAACCUUCAACCGGCUGUACGAUAGGUCUGUACGGGAGACAGCAGCCCGGGUGGCAACUGAAGAGGCAUAUGAGUACUCGUGGAAGGCGAGUUGUAACGCAAUCACGCUGGUAAGCGACGUGGCUGCAGCAAUUGACGAACCGCUUCUUGUGCCGCCUUCGCCGAGUGUCCCAACCCAGUGGGCGCGUUUCACCGCACGGCCUUUAGACCCAGAGGACUUGAUCCCUUCAGCGCCAUUUGACGUCGUGCACAUUUCUCGAGCCCGAGAAAGGAUGCGGACAGUCUUACGUCGUGGGGCCCUGGGUCGUGAAGUCCGUGCGGCAAGGUUGGAGGAACUGGAAGUUCUUCAACUUUUGUCAAGCCUGGAAGCCGUUGUCUGUAGGUGGAUUUCAUUUUCCUUGCGGGAAGAUCUUUAA